CCAGAACCCGUCUCCAACAUGACUUGGAGCGCGUCGGCGCGGGGCGCGCAGCAGCCGGACAACACCGCCUUUACGCAGCAGCGUCUCCCGGCCUGGCAGCCUCUCCUGUCCGCCAGCAUCGCCCUGCCCCUCUUCUUCAUCGCCGGCCUGGCCUUCCUGGGGCUGGGGCUGGGCCUCUUCUACUCCUCCAACGCCAUCAAGGAGCUGGGGCACGACUACACGGGGUACCCGACGCCCGGCAACUGCUCCCUGUGCGCCUCGGCCGCGCCUCCAAAACGCUGCUCUUGCGCCUGGUUCUUCUCGCUCCCCGAACUCUUCCCGGGUCCCAUCUACGUGUACUACGAGCUGAGCAACUUCUACCAGAACAACCGGCGUUAUGGGGUGUCCCGGGACGACGCGCAGCUCAGCGGCCUGACGUGGGCACUGCGCCAACCUGCCAACGAGUGCUACCCGUACCAGUACAGCUCGGCCGGGUUACCGGUGGCCCCAUGCGGGGCCAUCGCCAACAGCCUCUUCAACGACUCCUUUUCGCUCUGGCACCGGCGAGGACCCGGGGGCGCCUACGUGGAGGUGCCGCUAGAGCGCACGGGCAUCGCCUGGUGGACCGACCUGCACGUGAAGUUCCACAACCCGCCCCUCGUGAACGGCAGCCUGGCACUGGCUUUCCGGGGCACCUCGCCGCCCCCCAACUGGCCCCGACCCGUCUAUGAGCUCAGCCCCGACCCCAACAACACGGGCUUCGUCAACCAGGACUUCGUGGUCUGGAUGCGCACCGCGGCCUUGCCCACUUUCCGCAAGCUUUACGCGCGCAUCCGUCAUGGCAACUACACGGCUGGGCUCCCCCGGGGCAGUUACAGGGUUAACAUCACCUAUAACUACCCUGUGCGCCCCUUCGGGGGCCAGAAGCGCCUCAUCUUCAGCAACAUCUCCUGGAUGGGCGGCAAGAACCCCUUCUUGGGCAUCGCCUACCUGGUGGUCGGGUCCCUCUGCAUCCUCACCGGCUUUGUCAUGUUGGUGGUGUAUAUUCGCUACCAGGACCAGCAGGAUGAAGAGGAAGAUGAGGACUGAUUGGUUGGUUGG